AUGGAUACUUUUGUUAAUAAUUUUAGAAAAACUACCUUUUCCUCAAUCGAUAGAAAUGUAUUUAAUGAAUUUCUUGGUUAUGGAGGACGCGGAUUUGAUGAUGCAAAUGAAUUUGCCAGUCCAAAUUUCGAAUUUCCAGCUUGCCAUAAUCCAGUUGAAUUCUUAAAAGCACAUACUGACAAGGAUUCCAAAGAAGAAUGUCGUAUAAAGUUAGAUCAUGCGUCAGCAACUGUGAAAAAAGUUAUUGAAAUAAACCCAUAUCUUUUGGGAACUAUGGCAGGCGGCGCUGCUGACUGUUCAUUGCAUGAAUUAAGAAACAAAGAACGUAUUUCGGUAGCAGCUGCAUCGAAAUUAUUAGCAAAUAUGGGAACCAUGGUAACUGGAUGGGACAAAACAGGACCUAAUUUGUUUUAUGUUGAUUCAGAUGGUUCAAGAUUGAAAGGAGAAAGGUUUUCAGUUGGAUCAGGAUCAACAUUUGCUUAUGGUGUAAUGGAUAGUGAAUUUGAUUAUGAUAUGAGCGUAAAGGAUGCUUUAGAAUUGGGAAGACGUUCAGUUUAUCAAGCAACUUAUAGAGAUGGUGCAUCUGGCGGAUCAAUUAAUGUUUAUCAUGUAAAAGAAUUAGGUUGGGAAUACAUGGGAAAUUAUGAUGUUUACGAUUUACAUUGGGAAUAUCAAGACCAGCCCAAACCAAGACUAACCGCUCAACAAAUGAUUUAA